UUCGAGAUCGACGGUGCCUCAGCAUUCCAUCUCAACCGUCGCGCCCCCCCCGAGCCCCGCCGUCGCAUUCCAGCGCCGACGUCGCCGCCGCUACUGCCGCCGCUGCUGCUUCUGCUGCGCGAGAGGCCGAGCAAAUCACGCCGUCGCUCCACGGGAGGACGGGAGUGGAGAGAGGAAACACAAUAUAUAGCCUCGGGAAUCUGGGAACAACUAUCGUACAGAAAGAAUGGCAGAUAGGUUCGAGGUCGGCUGGUACCGGUUCAUACCGUUUCUAGGCUACCACCAUGUCUUGAUGAUCCUGAUCGCCAUCUCCAUAAUAUUACUCUCGCUCCUGCUGGCCGGCUGCUCGUCGUCGUCACCGCUGAUCCCGGACAUCUUCCUGCUGUCGAUCUACUACGAGCGGUACACGGCGGUGCCCGACACGGCGCAGGUCGACUACAACGUCAACCAGGCGAUCGGCAACAUCGUCGGGUCCGCGCACCUGCAGGCCCGCGUCGGCUACUUCGGCAUCUGCAUCAACCCCGACGGCGGCGCCUGGCUCUGCAGCAACAACGCCACCGCCCUCGCCAAGGAGGUCGCCGUCGACCAGGACCCGCUCAACCUCAUCUGGCUCGCCAGCCAGUUCAAGGACAUGAUCGUCUUCCCCUACCUCAUCAUCAUCGCCAUCAUCUUCGCCUUCGUCUGCUUCCUCCUCCUCGCCACCUUCCCCGGCUGGCACGAGGAGGAGGACAGCGAGGGCUCCGACCGCGAGAUCAAGCCCUUCCCGAGCCGGCCCGUGUCGCAGGUCGCGCUGGCCAUCAUCUUCAUCGCCUCCAUCUUCGUGCUCGUGUCGGUGCUGUGGCAGCACACCGCCUCCGUCGCCGCCUCCGUCAUCGCCGAGGACUUCGGCAACGGCAGCGUCCGGUCCGGCAUCGGGAGCAGCGCCAUGGUCCUCGGCUGGUUCAGCUUCACCCUGCUCAUCAUCGUCACCAUCGGCCUGCUCGUCAUGAUACUGAGCAUCCGCGUGCUGACGCAGCUGGCCGACUAACAGCCGCUACGGCGCCGAACGCUACGCGCGCGCGCGAAUGUCGCGGGCGAAUGACGACGAGACGACCGGCGGUUGCGACGACCGGCG